AUGAGUUGGAUAGUAAUUUUAGUUGCUGUGUUCAUUCUUCUUCUCUUGGCAAAGAAUUGGAUUCAAAGUUGUACUGAGAGAGCUCUACCCCCGGGACCCUCCCUCGUGAACAGUUUUAAGAUAAUGAUGGGUUUUAUCUGGAGGGACGAUGUAAUCAACGUUGCUGAUAAACUAGCUUCCAAAUACGGGGAUAUAUUUGUUAUUCGGUUUUUAGGACACAAUAUGGUAUUUAUGAAUAAUUCAAGGGUGAUCAGAAAGGUUUACUCUGCAGCUGGUUACCGUGAUAAAACUAAUGAUAGAGCUCCGUCGUUUCUGAGAGCUUAUCUCUAUCGUGGUGGUAAAGACAUAGCUUUCUGUGAUUACAGCGAUUUUGUUAUGAAAUUAAGGAAAAUUGUACACAAUGUAGCGAGGUUGUACGGUGACGGGAUUCGGGAAUUUGAAGAGAUGGUGUCAAAGCAACUCCGUGAUUUAGAAGAAAAAUUAGAAAAAGGGGUCGGACAGGAAAAGUUUGAUUUGAUGACAGAAUUACACGAAUCUGUAAUCAAAACAGUUCAUAUCUUUAUAACCAACCAAGCACCAGAUGAAGAAGUAGUUUCAGUUGUCAGUGAUUUUAACUCUAGUUUUAAUAAAUCAUUGACAGUCAAUAAAAACAUCAUUCUAGGAUUAUUCCCAUGGUUGAAAUAUCUCCCAGGUGCCAAUCGAAGACUGGUUCAGGAGUUGGAUACCAAUAGUCAACGCUUGAUAGAGUUUUACCUCAAUCCAAAAGCCAGGGAGCAUGUUAAAGGAAAUGGUGGAUUGAUUGAUACUCUAUUAACAGAACAGGCGAAAGAUCCCCAACUUACUGAUGAAUUCCUCCAGGGAGUGAUAAUGGACGCCGUGGCUGGUGGUUAUAUCUCAACAGCUGGAGCACUUUGUGGAUUCUUUCUGCUUAUGCUUCAUUAUCCCGAAGUUCAGCAUCGAAUACAGGAAGAACUGGACGAGAAGGUCAAAGGGAGACAACCUAGUUUAGACGACAGACCGACUUUACAUUAUACCAAUGCUACAGUAUUAGAAGUUUUCCGAUAUAUACGACAUGUGCCGCUGACUCUACCUCAUCAGAGUAAAGAGGAUAUUGAAAUAGAAGGUUAUAGAAUACCAGCUAAUUCCCCGAUCAUAGCCAAUUUAUGGACAUCUUUUCGUGGCAGUAACGACUGGGGACCAGAUGAUAAUAAAUUUAAACCGGAAAGAUUUCUUGAUAAUGAGUGGAAACUGUUGCCAGUUGAUCAUCCCCUCAGACAGCAGUGGAUCCCAUUUGGUAUUGGAAAACGAAAUUGUGUCGGAGAAUCAUUUGCCAAGUCUCGUCUGUUUUUAUACGUGACAACACUAUUACAGAAGUUUGAAUUUCAAACCGGAAGUAACAAACUCGCAUCAGAAGAUUCUGCCUAUUGGGAUAAUAAUAGUGCCUUACAACCGCCUUUUAUUAACUGUAAAAUUGUUAAACGAAAGUAG